CCUUUUGUCAUUGAAGCCAUGAGUGAGCUUAAGAAGCCUAUGUUUUCUACUCUUCUUCUGUGUCUUCUUUACCUUCCCCUCCUAGUUUCUGCAGAAUGUUCCUGUGAAACUGAACUCCAAGAUAACAGCAGCAACAACAAGAGCAAAGCUUUGAGAUACAAACUUGCUGCAAUUUCAUCAAUCUUGAUAGCCGGUGCCCUUGGCAUUUCUGUGCCGAUAUUAGGCAGGAAAAUCCCUAGUUUCCAACCCAAAAACAAUAUCUUCUUCAUUAUCAAAGCUUUUGCAGCUGGUGUGAUUCUCUCCACUGGUUUCGUACACAUUCUUCCUGAUGCAUUUGAAUCCUUGACUAGCCCUUGCCUCAGCGAAAGGCCUUGGGCUGAUUUUCCCUUUACGGGGUUGGUGGCUAUGGUUUCUGCAAUAGGAACGAUGAUGAUUGAUUCAUUUGCCACAAGUUUUUACAAAAGAUCUCAUUCCAGCAAAGCUUUGCCAGUGAAUGCUGAUGAGGAGAUCGGGGGAAAGCAUGAGGGGAAUGUUCAUGUUCAUACGCAUGCAACCCAUGGACAUGCUCAUGGGACUAGUUUUGCAUCAGAAGAUUCUAGACUAUCUGAGCUUAUAAAGCACCGUGUUAUAUCACAGGUCUUGGAGUUGGGGAUUGUGGUUCAUUCAGUGAUAAUUGGGAUCUCCUUGGGUGCUUCUCAAAGUGCCAAGACAAUCAAGCCUCUUGUAGCAGCACUUACUUUCCAUCAAUUCUUUGAAGGCAUGGGUCUUGGCGGAUGCAUCUCUCAGGCAAAUUUCAAAAGCACUGCAAUUGUAGUGAUGACGCUGUUCUUCUCCCUGACUACCCCAAUGGGAAUUGCAGUUGGGAUUGGAAUAUCAAAGAUUUAUAAUGAGAAUAGCUCAAGAGCUCUGAUUGUGGAAGGGGUGUUUAACUCUGCUUCAGCUGGGACCUUGAUUUACAUGGCACUUGUUGACUUUCUUGCCGCAGAUUUCAUGAACCCAAGAAUGCAGGGCAGUCUGAGGUUGCAGCUUGGCUCUUAUCUUUUACUUCUUCUUGGAGCAGGAUGCAUGUCACUCUUGGCCAAAUGGGCUUGACUACAUGGUGUGACUAGUGCCACAAUUCAAAGUUUUUACUAAUCCCUUAUUUUUCCUCCUUUUUCUUUAUAUUUUUUAUUUGUGGUGAAAAGUGGAAAUCUUGGCCUUAUCGCUAUGUAUCAAUUUUUUUCCUUGAAAUGCUUCAAUCUACUUACCGAUGUUAGGAUUAAGGAUUUGAGUCCAAAAUUUCUUAUAAAAUUUUUUAUGGGAC